AUGGCCCCCACAAUGAAAGCUUACCAAUGGGAUGGCCCUGGUACGGGUCUGACCAUGAAGGAAUUGCCAAUUCCGGAGCCAGGCCCGCAAGAGGUCCAGAUCAAAAUCAAAGCUUGUGGACUUUGCCAUUCUGACUGCCAUAUCCUCGACGGCACAGGAGCGCAAUGGGUUAAGCAGAGACCCAUCACUCUGGGGCACGAGAUCGCAGCCCAGAUCACAAAGCUUGGAGAGGGUGUGACCGAGUUUCACGUUGGACAGAGAAUUGGAUGCGCUUUGAUUCCCCCUGCCACCGCCAUUGGUCUGGAUUUCAACGGCGGCUAUGCCGAAUACGCUGUUGCGCCGGCCCAUGUCGUCGUGCCUCUUCCUGAAGAUUUGCCCUACGAGAAGGGUUGCAUCGCCGUCGAUGCCAUGGCGUCGGCAUACCACGCGGUGGUGGCCACAGCCGGAGUUACACCAGACAUGACUGUGGCUGUACUCGGACUGGGUGGCCUGGGUUCUACUGGCUUGGCGGUUGCGUGCCUCCAGGGAUGCACCGUCUACGGCUUCGACAUCAACGAGUCCAAGUUUCCAGCUGCACUGGAAGCCGGUGCUAAGGAGUGUCACAAGACCAUCGACCAGGUCAAAGACGUCACCUUCGACGUCGUCUUUGACUUUGUCGGAAUUCAGGCGACCCUGCUUGCUGCUAUUAAUGCCGUUAAGCGAGAGGGAAUCGUUGUGCUUGUGGGCAUGGGCGACUCGGAAUGUACGCUGCCCACAGGUUUGAUGGUCAUGAAGAACAUUGAGAUCAGGGGUUCUCUCGGCGGACGCAAAUGGGAGCUGCCAGCAAUCUUUGAGUACAUUGCACAGGGCAAAUUGAAACCUCAGGUCGAAGAAGUCCCUUUUGAUAAAUUGGUGGACUCCUUACAUCGACUGGAGCAGGGCAAAGCAGAUGCACGCAUGUUUGUAAGGCCGAGUGGACCAUAG